UGGUAUUGGUUUAUGAUUACUAUUUUUUUUAUUAGAAAAAAAAAAAGAAGAAAUUUAUGAUUCCCUUUUUUUCUCUUUGUUUGUAGGAAGCCCAUUUUGGACAGAUUUAUCCCUUUUUGCAUUGACCCAUUAAAGAGAGAAAGAAGCUCACACCCAAAAAAAAAGAAAAUAAAAAAACAGUCCUUUUUUUUCUUCUUUUAAUUUGAUGUUGUUGUAGUUGUGCAGAACAGAAGAGAGAGAGAUGUUUAAAGAGUAGUACAUGAGAUGAUGAUUACUUUUAUAGCUUCCACCACCUAAAGCUCAUCUCAUCAUCAUCAUCCUCCUCCUCUUCCUCCUCCUCCUCCUCCUCUAUAUUUCUCUCCCAAUUUUAAUUCAUUAUAUCUCAUUCCCUUUGAUAUAUUUUUAUUCCCUUCCCUUAAAAACCCAUCAAAAUUACCCCCUCCCUAAGAUUCCUCCACCAUCGCCGCCGCCGCCGCCGCCGCCCUCCUCCACCCUCUCUUACCUGGAUUAGAUCAAGGUUGAUGGAAUUGAAAUCUCAACAAGAAACAAUAAGAAGAAGCUCUUGGAUUUGAAGAUUGAUCAUAUAGAUUGUACUAUAAAGAUCAAAGGGAAAAUAAGAUCUAUUUUUUUUUUUUAGUUGAUGGCUGGUGAGCUUUGUGAAGGGGAAGGAAAAUCAAACGAGAUGGUAGUUGGAGGAGAGUUUUAUUACAAUUCCAAUUCGAAUUCAAACAACAUCCCUAAUCAAUUCACAAAUCAGAUCCAAACCGGGUUCGGUUCCACUACCGAACCUGCUGUGGUGGAGAUGUUCAACAACGAGUCGAGUGGUGGUGGCGGCGGCGGUGGCGGUGGUGAUGAUGAUGAGUCGUUUCCCCAAAAUAUGAUGGUGGUUGGACCGUGGGGGACGACGGCUACGACGGAUUCUUCUUUAAGAUGUGUGUUUCCAUGUGAACCAAAUGAAAGACCAAGCCAAGGCCUUUCUUUGUCUCUUAGUUCAUCUAAUCCUUCUUCUAUUGGUUUACAAUCUUUUGAACUAAGGCAACAACAUCAACAACAACAAAACCAAUCAUCUUUCCCCAUUUUUCAUCUUAGAAACUCUAAGUUUUUGGCCCCAACUCAAGAACUUCUUUAUGAGUUUUGUAGCCUUGGAAUCACCAAUCAUUCUUCUUCUUCACCAAAACACAAACAUCCUUCUUCUUCUUCAACCAAUUUCUCUCUUCACUCACUUGACUUCAUGGAGUUGCAAAAGAGGAAAACCAAGCUUUUUUCCAUGCUUGAAGAGGUUGAAAGAAGGUAUAGGCAUUAUUGUGAGCAAAUGAAGGCAGUAGUGGCAUCGUUCGAAGCAGUAGCGGGGAGUGGGGCGGCGAGGGUGUAUUCGGCGUUGGCGUCGAAAGCGAUGUCGAGGCAUUUUAGGAGCCUAAAAGAUGGGAUUGUGGGACAAAUUCAAGCCACAAGAAAGGCAAUGGGAGAAAAGGAUCCAAUUGCACCUGGUACCACAAGAGGAGAAACCCCAAGACUUAGAGUGAUUGAUCAAGCUUUAAGGCAACAAAGAGCUUUCCAUCAAAUCAGCAUCAUGGAAAGCCAUCCAUGGCGUCCUCAACGUGGCCUUCCUGAGCGUUCUGUUUCCGUUCUUCGUGCUUGGCUUUUCGAACACUUUCUUCACCCGUACCCUAGCGAUGUGGAUAAACAUAUUUUAGCUCGCCAAACUGGUCUCUCCAGAAGCCAGGUGUCAAAUUGGUUCAUUAAUGCAAGGGUGAGGCUGUGGAAGCCAAUGGUAGAGGAGAUGUAUUUGGAAGAAACAAAGGAACAAGAGGAAGAGAUUGAUAACAGUUUCAACAACAAUGCCAAUAACUCUUUUGAUGGGGUGACGGAUUUCAAUGACGACAUUGACGGUCAUCGGUCGAUUGCCACAAGACUAGAGGAUCAAAAACCGACACCAGACCAACUCUUAAGAAUAGACUCGGAAUGUCUCUCUUCAAUCAUCUCUAGCAACUCGGAGAAGAAUAAUGAUCAUUCAAGAACAAUUAAAACGAUGCAAAACCACCACGGACACCAACUCCACGGAAACCACAACCACACCUUCGGACGAGUAGUGGGUGAUGCAUUUGGCACGGUAGAACUCGACUUCUCGUCCUACAACCACCAUACAGGUAGUGGUGGAGUUUCGUACCAUAACAGCAGUCACAACAACAACAAUCAACAUUUCAACAACGGCAGUGGUGGAGGCGUGUCGUUGACUUUAGGGUUACAACAGCAUGCCGCGGCCGGGGGGAAUGGAAACGGAGGUGUGAGCAUUGCCUUCGCUUCAGCAGGACCGGCGGUGGGGCAAAACUCCCUUUUCUUCACAAGAGAUCACAUGGAAGAAUGCCAACCAGUUCAAUAUUCCCUUUUAGAUGGAGAAACUCAGAAUCUUCCUUAUAGAAAUUUGAUGGGUGCUCAAUUGCUUCAUGAUUUAGCUGGAUAAUAUGUGAAAUGAGAGUCAGCUGGGCAAAUACUUUAGUUUUUUUAGGUAUAGAUAACUCAAUAGCUUCAAAUACUCCAAUACAUAAUAUACAUAAAAGCUUUUUUAUAAUAUACUUUGGGGGAGGGUUAGAUUAUUAGUUAUAGCCUAUGGUAGAUCAAUUUGCUUUUUUCUUUUCUUUUCUUUCUCUCUUUCUCCUUUAAACCCAUCUACUCAUUCAACUCUUUAUUUCUCCAUCUUCUUCACAGCUUCAAGAUUGGUUUUUACCCUAUUGAAUUUGGGAAGGAAUGAUGAUGAUAUUGAACUAGAAAUAUACAAAUGGAUGGUUGUGAUUGGUACAUA